AUGCUUUCCCUCCUUUACCAAGAGGGUCCUUCCACUGAGGGUAUUUUCAGACGCUCUGGAAGUGCAAAAACCUGCAAAGAGCUCAAGGAGAAGCUUGAUUCAGGCGCUGAAGUGGACUUAACCUGUGAAUCCAUAUUUGUAACAGCAUCUUUGUUUAAGGAUUUUCUUCGCAAUAUCCCAGGCAGCAUUUUGUCAUCCCAGCUCUGUGAUAAGUGGGUCUCUGUGAUGGAUCAAGGAAAUAAUGAAGAGAAGAUAAAAAGCAUCCAAAGGUUAAUAGAGCAGCUCCCCAGAGCUAAUGUUGUCCUCUUACGUUACAUCUUUGGAGUACUGCAUGGCAUAAAAAUGCGAUCUGAAGAGAACCAGAUGAAUGCAUUUAAUCUGGCUAUCUGCAUUGCACCUAGCCUGCUCUGGCCUCCCAUUUCCUCCACUCCUGAUAUAGAAAGUGAAUUUACAAAAAAGAUUUCUAGUCUGGUACAGUUCCUCACUGAGAACUGCUGCAGGAUUUUUGGAGAGGAAAUUACCUCCCUCUUUGGAGAAAUAAUGAUGACAUGCAAGAGAGAGAAUGGCUCAGAUGCUGCUUCUCUCCAUCUGAAUGACUCUUCCUACGACAGCUUGGAAAACGAGGUGAACGAUGAAGCUGACUCCUCUUCCAGCGACUGGAUUAAGAACCGAGAUCAGGAUAACAGGAGCAGGGAGUCUGUCUUCACUCUGAGCGACGGUGAUUCAGAGCAGACGGAGGUGGAUGAAAUCCAAAGUAAAACCAAAUCAAAACAGUUGACAAUUUCUGUUGAUGUACACCGUAAGUUUUCAUCACAAGAAAACUCGGAGAAUGAGUCUCUCUGCUCCAAUGCACUGGGCUUCUCUUCAGCAGCUACCUCAGGUGCUCCCAAAACCUUGAGGAGACACAGACGCUCCUCAGAGCCCGCAAUUGGCCUCCUUGCCCCCAGCUUCGCCUGCAUUGGUGACGGUCGUGAGAAGGCAACACGCAAAGCCAGCUGUGACGUUGUCCUGUCUCACGAAGAUGAAGACUAUCUCCGUCAGCUUCGGUCAUUACAGAUGGAGGGGCAAAAGCUUAUCAAUCAGAGCUUGAUUAUAGGGAUUAACAUCGGUAAAAGUGACAACACAAACCAAAAUGUUGAGAAGAAAGACUUGUCCCAUUGCCUCCUGCCUCCAAUGCCAGAGAGAUUAAAUAUUUGCUCAGGAUUUAGCUCUUCUAGCCUGUCUUCUCCUGGGACAUCUCCAUCUGUGUCGUCAAUGAGCUCUCUGGACAGUGCUUUCUCUCAGUUUUCAGACCAAUCUGUGUUUACCCCAACUGAAACCUCCUCCCCUUUCGAUAGCACUUUUCAGUCGCUAAAGAAACAUGAAGACACUGCCACUGAAGUGGCUGAUGACUAUUUGGUUACACCCACCAAGGUGCCACCAUCUCCACAACCUACCGACACUUUGGCUGAGGGGGGCUUCCUGGAGCCCAACAGCAGGCCAGCACCCCUGAAACCUACUGAUGGAGUUGAUGGCUAUUUGAUUAAGCCUGACAUUCAGCCAUUACCUCUGAAAAUCCCAGGAAGAGACAGACUUCAUAUCCAAGAUCAAAGAGGAGGUCUAGAAGAGCAUUACAGCAAUCCAAAGUUUGAAGAGACUGACCAAAGCUUUUUGCGGAGGAAUCUUAACACUUAA